CAUGGCGGCACAGUUAGCCAGCAGAAAUGUUGUUUCACUACCGCGAAGGUCAGAGCUGCUUCGGAUAAACGGAAUUUAACAGCGAGGACACAGCCAAAAGUAUUAAAUCCAGGGAGAAGUGGAUGAUGCAUAAAGGUUUCCUAGCAUUAUCGUCUUGCAGCAAUGGCCUGAGGGACUCUCUGGACUGAUACCAAGACGCUGAUAUGCAUUGAGGAUGAGUGGAGUCGGUGAAAACUCAUCUGACCCUGCCAGGGCAGAGUCACGAAAACGCAAAGAAUGUUCUGCAGAACUUCUAGGACCCAGUCCCAAGCGGAGCAACGAGAAGCGCAACCGUGAGCAUGAGAACAAAUACAUCGAGGAGCUCGCCGAGCUGAUCUUUGCCAACUUCAACGACAUCGACAACUUCAAUGUUAAACCUGACAAAUGUGCAAUCCUGAAGGAAACUGUGAAACAAAUCAGACAAAUAAAGGAGCAAGAAAAAGCUGCGGCAGCAAAUGAGGAGGAGGUACAGAAGGCUGAUGUCUCAUCAACAGGCCAAAGUGUGAUUGACAAAGAUGCCUUGGGACCAAUGAUGCUGGAGGCCCUGGAUGGCUUCUUCUUUGUGGUGAAUAUGGAGGGGAACAUCGUGUUUGUGUCUGAGAAUGUGACCCAGUACCUUCGCUACAACCAGGAGGAGCUGAUGAACACCAGUGUCUACAGCGUGCUGCAUGUCGGGGAUCAUGCUGAGUUCAUCAAGAACCUGCUGCCUAAAUCCCUUGUCAAUGGCGUCCCAUGGUCAAGCGAGGGUCCAAGGAGGAACAGUCACACAUUCAACUGCCGAAUGCUGGUCAACCCGCACAGCGAGAACCAGGACGAGCCGCACGAGCAUGAGCCGCAGCAGCAGAAAUAUGAGACCAUGCAGUGUUUUGCCGUUUCGGAGCCCAAAUCCAUCAAGGAGGAAGGAGACGACUUUCAGUCAUGCCUGAUCUGUGUGGCUCGCAGGGUGCCCACAAAGGAAAGACCCAUGCUUCCCACGCAUGAGAGCUUCACUACACGCCAGGACCUACAAGGUAAGAUAACGUCCCUAGAUACCAGUCUGCUACGAGCAUCCAUGAAGCCAGGCUGGGAAGAUCUGGUGAGGCGCUGCAUCCAGAGGUUUCACCUACAGAAUGACGGAGAGAUGUCUUUUGCCAAGAGACACCAGCAGGAAGUGCUACGCCAUGGUCAAGCUUUCAGCCCCAUCUACCGGUUCUCCCUCUCUGAUGGAACCAUCGUCUCGGCUCACACCAAGAGCAAACUGGUGCGCUCACCUGCCACCAAUGAACCCCAGCUCUACAUGUCCCUGCACAUUCUGCAGAGGGAGCAGACAGUCUGUGGAAUGGGCCAGGACAUGGGUCCUGGCAGUCAGGCCACAGGGAUGGCUCCCAAACCAAUGAACUCCUCCACUCCCUCCAUGACUCCUCCAACCCCAGGCAGUUUGCCAGGUUCGGGGCCUCAGGGCCAAGACACUACCAUCAGCAGCAACAGCACGCCUUUCUCCCCUCCAGGCCCUGCUGGUCCCAGAGAACCAGCCGCCAUGGGGGGCCAUAUGCAGGGCUACCGCUUUGGUUGUCCCCCACCACACAACCACACCGGGGGCAUGCAACCACCACAGCAGGGCCCCAACUGGAGGAUGAACAGCCCGUCUCGCGCCAGCCCCAGUCCGGCCGGAGGGCCCCAUCCACCUCAACAGAACUCUAUGCUGUCACCCAGGCACCGGGGGAGUCCUGGGGGGGCAGGAAGCCCUCGUGUAGCAGGAGGCCUGCACUCGCCGUCCCCAGUGGGGAUGUGUGGUGGAGGGCCUGGAGGUGCAGGUAGUAGCACGACUAGCACCCAUGGUAACAGCUACACUAGCAGUUCUCUAUCAGCGCUGCAGGCCCUCAGUGAGUGUCAUGGUGUAGGACAUGGACAUGGGCCCCCUCAUGCACAUACACUGGGGUCUCCAGACCGCAAAAUGGGCUCCCCAGCUGGAGUCACACCAGGGACAGGGGUAAACACUCAUAUGAUGUCAAAACUUGGAGCAGGCAGCAGUGCUACUGGUGGAACAGGAGACUCAUUUGGACCUCACUCAGAUGUGAGUCAGGGGCACACACAGGCCCAAACGGAGGGCAACCUUGCUGAGCCCAAGGAGGAGAGGGAAGGCCCCCUUGAGGGCCACGAUGCUCACAAUCGUGUGCAUGACAACAAGGGCCACACCAAGUUACUUCAACUGCUCACCACCAAGCCAGAGCCUCUAGAGACGCCUCUGUCCCCUGGUGCAGGAGGCGAGGGCAAGGACCAGGCUGGGACAGGGGUCCGGGGUGGCCACACAGGAGGGAACACUCAUGCCACGUCCCUUAAAGAAAAACACAAAAUCCUGCACCAACUGCUUCAGAACAGUACAUCUCCCGUAGAUCUUGCCAAACUUACUGCAGAGGCGACAGGUAAAGAGCUGGGCCAAGACCAAACCCAGGGUGCUGGUGGUACAGCUUCUGGGGCAGAAGUUGCUCCGAAGCAGGAGCCAUUAAGCCCCAAGAAGAAGGAUAAUGCCCUGCUACGCUACCUACUGGAUAAGGAUGACACUGUAUUGAAAGACAAGGUCCCUAAGCUUGAGCCUGGGGAGGUGAAAGUUGAAGGGGGCAAACACCCCCAGGUCAAGGCGGAGAAACAAGAUGCAGGAUACGACCGGGCUGAGCAGUCGUCAGAGCUGGAUGACAUCCUGAACGACCUGCAGAAUGCUCAGCCACAGCUCUUCUGUGAGCCACGGCCUGUUUCGUUGCCCAGUCCCAUGGACAAACAGAACAUCAUCAAUGACAUCCUGCAGAUGUCCGAGACCAGUCCUGCCAUGCCACCACAGCAGCCACACAGGGGCAUCGGAACUGGCAUGGGUCCAACUAACUUCGGCAGUGUGCGACCAGGCCAGCCAGGCCGGGGUCUGCCUGUGAGGAGUGUGUCUCUGGACAUGAAUGUGUCCCCCCAGCCGCCCUCAUUACAGUACCCCAUAAGGGCCACAAGCCCAUACACUCUUAUGCAGCAGCAACAGCAGCAGCAGCAGGGCAUGGUGGGAAGCCACAGCAUGAUGGCUAACCAGGCCGGUAUGGUCAACGCAGGACUGAUGGCUCCAGGUGGUCCACGGCCAGGCAUGCAACAACAGGAGGGCUGGGUGGGUCCGGCCUCCGCCCCUCCUCUGGGAGCGGCUGGUCCUGGGCAACAAGGUGCCAUGCAGGCCAGGAUGGGACCCGGCAGCGCUCCCAUGAGGCCCAACAGUCAGCCAGGGCCCCGGCCGAUGCUCCAGUCCCCAAUGAUGGCCAAUGCUCAACCUGACAUGGAUAUCGGUAUGGUCGGCCACCAUUUCUCUCAACAACAGGCUCCACCCAACCAAACAGCUCCCUGGCCAGACAGCAUGAUGCCAAUUGACCAGACAGCUUUUGUAAACCAGGGCCGACCGGCACCCCAGGAUGAUUUGCUGUGCAAUACGGGGCUCGGCUCAGGUGAUGGCAGUGCGGUAGAUGAAGGGGCCUUGAUGUCGCAGCUGUACACCGCACUAAAAGACUUUGAUGGCCUGGAGGAGAUUGAUCGUGCUCUGGGGAUCCCUGCUCUGGUAGAACAGAGCCAAUCACUGGACCCAGACCAGUUCCCCCAGGACCCCUCCAUGAUGAUAGACCAGAAGCCUCCUAUGUACACCCAACAAUUCGGUCCCCCACCAUCCCACAUGGCACAAAGGGGCUAUCCUGGUGCUCCCAUGCAAGAGCCAGGCUUCCACCCCAUGUCUGGCCAGAUGGGCGCACGGCCGGGUUACCCACUGAUGAGAAUGCAGACCCGCCCCGGACUCAGGCCUACCGGGGUCGUGCCCAACCAGCCCAACACACUACGACUGCAGCUGCAGCACCGGCUACAGUCCCAGCAGAACCGUCAACCAAUGAUGACUCAGAUGAGUAGUGUGUCAAAUGUGAACCUACCUCUUAGAGCCAACGCUCCAAACCAGGGAACCAUCAAUGCUCAGAUGUUGGCGCAACGUCAGCGGGAGCUGCUGAGUAAUCACCUGAGACAGAGGCAGCAGCAGCAGCAGGUGCAACAGGCCCAGCAGGUUCAACAGCAAAGGAGCAUGGCCAUGAGGGCCCAGGGCCUCAACCUGCCUCCCAACAUGGCCCCCGGAGGCAUGAGUAACCCCCGGAAUCCUCAGGCCAACCCGCAGCAGUUCCCCUACCCGCCCAGCUACGGUACCAGUACAGGCCUGGCCUCGUCACCUCCCCCUACCAGCCCUUUCUCCUCCCCUCUCUCCCCCAGCCUGCCCUCUCUCCCCCCCAACCCCCAGCUCCACCUGCAUGGCACCUCCUCCUCUUCCUCCACCUCCUCCUCCUCCUCACAGAUGAUGAUGGGAAACACAAACAUGAUGGGCGGACAGUACGGGGCCGUACUCAGCCCCCAAAUGCAGCACAGUGCCUUUCAGUUUCCCAACUCAGGUAUGAGCCAACAGGCAGAUGGAAGUUUUGGAGGUCCCGGCACACCACAGAGCCCUCUGCUUUCUCCCCGCAUGGCCCACACACAGUCCCCAAUGAUGCAGCAGGGCCAAGGAAACGCUGCUUUCCAGGGUUCCCCUGACAUGAAUGGCUGGCCGCAGGGCAACAUGGGAGGCAACAGUAUGUUCUCACAGCAGCAGGCAUCACCUCAGUUCACCCAGCAGAAUAACAGCAACAUGUACAAUGGCAAUGGCAUGAACCUCAACAAUGUCUCUAUGGCCACCAACAUGGCAACCAGCAGCAUGGGCCAGAUGGCUGGUCAGAUGAGUGUCACGUCCAUGGCCUCAGGGCCCUCACCUGGCUUGCCCUCCAUGGGACAAGAACAGAAAUACUGUUGACCCUCAUGGAGCUCUUAACAUGAACCUCAGUGAUCAGCUGGUGCAAGGAGCGCGUCGGCCCUUUAAGAAUUGAAAAUACAAACAUGUAACCAACCGACUGCCCCUUGAACCAGCCAGGCCGUGCCCUGACCCCCUCCGCUCCCCCCACCACCUCCUCCCUCUCCCCAGCCCAAAAUUUACCGUCUGUCCAGCCGGGCCUCUUCGGCAGCCAAACAGACACAGGAGCAUGAAGAGAGGGCUGGGGAAGGAUCGUGGAUCUUCUGUCCAACAUGCCUAACCCUCCUGGAGGAGAGCCUCGUGAUGAGCCAGUUUAUCUGCCUGUCCAGCUGCAUUCACCGUCGUGUGACUUACUGUAGGCCUCCUGGUGGGGUACACUGACUUAAGGGGGCAGCAGUGGGUGGGAUCCUUUUGUUCUGAUGAAUGUAUUCCUCUCAGUGGACAGCGGCCAUUUACAAUCUCAUCUCAAAAAAAAAAACAACAAACUUACACUGAUUUUUUUUUUCUUUUCUUUUUGUUUUAUCUCACUCAUUUGUGACAUUUCCACAUAGUUCCAAAAUGGCAGCAAAGACUCCAAGUUAUGUUCAGAGUUAUGGAUGGAGCUCAGACAC